AUUGAGUCGAAAAUCAAUGAUUUCAAAGAGAAAUUGGAUUUCAAUCGAGAGAACGAAUCGAAAGCUAAUGAAGAGCUGAAAGAAGUGAAGGAAUCGAUUGACACGAAGAAGAAACGACUGGUUUUUGUGACCGCGAAGUACGAAGAGUUGAGGAAACGGGAGAACAGUUUGAUCAACGAUUUGAAGGCCAAAAAGAGUCGCAAAGUGGAGAUCUAUGCCAAACAGAAACGAAAGGAAAGAUUCGGAACCAUUGAAGACAGGAAUCGAUGGAUUGAAUCCGAAUUGGCUGUCAUUAGCAAACAAAUCGAGACAAACACUAAACGUAUUCAUGAUCUCAAGAAAGAAGAGUACGAUAUCGAGAACGAGAGGAAUCAGUUGGGAAACGAGCAAAAGUCGUUUGUCUCCAAAGAGAAGAAUCUGUUCCAGAGUUUGCAGAACGAGAGGAAACAGUUGUGCGAAACGACAAAAUAUGGCAAACAAUUGGAGUCCAAAAGACGUGAAUUUUGUGAUUUGGAAAACGAUUUAAAGGAAAAGGAAUUGAAACUAAAUAAUGAGAAACAGAAACUGGAGUCCAAACUGCAGAAAUUGUCGGGAAAUUCCGCGACAGUCGGCAGAAAUAGUGUCCAAAAGGUGUUACAGGCGUUCGAGGAGAGGGCCAGCACUUCGCCGAUAGCCGAGAGGGAGUUGCGGCCUAUCAUUGAUGGAUAUUUGGGUCAAGUGGUGGACUGCUUCACAUUCGAGGGAAACCUCUCGAAAGUGAUUGAAGUGACGGCAAAG